CAACUGCGCGCCCAAACGCCACGAAAAGAUAAUGAUGCGUGUCGCUACCGCCCUUCGGCCUCCACAAGUCCCGCGGUUUGAGCCACGCCGUCGCCCGCCUGGUGGUGUCUGGGUCUGACUUUGACGUUUAGCGCUGCUGCUCCGCACCUUCCAUGGUUCUGGAUAGAUAGAUAGCCGCGCCCCUCUUGUUGCUUGAGCGUGCACGCGUUCCAACCCUUCAGCUGAAUAGCUGCGGCCAAUUUCCUUUGCAGGGUGGAGCAUGUCCGCGUGAGCAGAUGAUCUGGUAUCUCCUCUACCCGCUGCGAGGGACGACCGAACCGCCCAAACUCUCGCCCUCACAUCCGAUCCGCCGCGCAUUCCAGGCCCACGGCACCGCUACUGCGCAGCAUUGGCUGCUGUCGCUCGUUCUGACUAUCAGCAUCUCGGUGUUGCUCUGCUACCCAGCCGUCUUUCAGACCAACAGCCCGGCCGCUGCGGGAUUGCGCAACCUGCCCAAGCAUGUCUGGACCUCGACGACGGAAGUUGAAGGCGAGCAUCAUGCUGACGUUGUAGUGCGCCAGGUCUGGGUGCAUGGCGACUACAUGAACGCACUCAGCCAGAGCGUGCUACGCAAAGCACUGGACGUCCAACAUACGCUCCUGAAUGGCGGCUUCGGUGCAGGGGGGCUCAGUCGAACCUCAAUGCUCAGUCGCAGCGAAUCGGGCUGCAUCACACCAGGACCUGGCGAGAAGUGGGGAUGGCAGUCACCGUUGAUGUACUGGGACUGUUCGAAGGAAGCACUGGCGAGCGACAAGAACAUACUGGAAACAAUCAACGCCCACAGCAACACUCAGACUCCUAUGAAUAUCACACUACGACCGAGUACCGUCUUCGCCGGCAAGCACUUCACAAACACCAAGCUUCGAGCAGCCGAUGCCCUGGUCCUAACGCUGCUGGACCAGACCGAGGACACGGACGUAGGCGAGAAGUGGAAUAGGAGAGCAAGAGCGCUCGCGCAAGGGCUGGAUACGGACUGGUCCAUAUUUCCUCAAGAUGGGCAGAUCGUAGGGAACCGCCUCUACGAGUUUCGCCUGAAGCCAAUGUCGAAGCUAGACGACACGUUUCUUGCCGGCUCAUACAUCAUCAUGGCCGUUUACGUGAUCCUGAGGAUGAAGCAAUUGCGCGCUGUCAAGAGUUGGUUUGGUCUACUUAUCACAAUUGGCGCCAAAAUGGCCAUCUGCAUCAUCGCUAGUUUCUCCUUGUGUACUUGGCUAGGGGUCGAUCUGGCGCGCAUACCAAGGCCUUGGUUUCCAGCAGUGGUGUUUUGCUACGGGCUUGGAAACAUAUUUCGACUGAUCAACGCCGUCUUGGAAACACCGCCAGAAAUGCCUCCACAGCAGCGCAUUGGAAACGCACUUGGAGAAGUUGGCCACUUGUCACUUGCGGUCGCAUUUCAGAAUCUAGCCAUGAUCUACCUGUGCUCGCGAUUUGUUUCGCCCUGGGUAGCCAACUUUUGCGUCUUCGCGGCAGUCACACUGGUCUUCGAUUUCGUCUACCACCUGACCUUCUUUGUUGCCGUUCUGAGCGUCGAUGUUCAGCGCAUGGAGCUUUCCGACUCGAUUGGACAAGCCGACUUGGCCCGUGGCUCGAAGAAACAACCAGAACGUAAGUCUUGGUGUGCUGCUUUGCUAGAAGGCACGACGCCACUAAGUACCCGGUUUGCUGGCACAGUUGCCAUAUCCUCGGUCAUAUUGGCUAUAAAUCUGCAUUUUUUCGACGUCGGCGACCAGCACCUAUCCUUCGAUACAGUCCGGAAGAAGCUUCUAUCACGGAAACAAAAGCGGAGUAGUGUACCUCAGUGGUCUUCUCCGCCAAUUAACCAAGCAAGAACGCCCGCCGAAUGGCUAAAGCUUCAAGACCACAACGCGGCUCAAGAGCUGUUCGCGUUACUCAAGCCUGGCGCCCACAGCUUCAUCGCUAGAAUCUACGACCCUGUACUUGUCGUGACUAAAGGAGCGCGCGGGAGGGACAAGCCUCAAAUGCCCACCACGCUGAUGGGUCACCUUCGCCGCUUUGCACAAGGUCACACAUUUCCAGCAGCGUUGAUGGCAGUGUUCAUGAUAGCCGGUAUUACCCUGUUCAUGAAUUAUCUGCUGUGGACCGGUCUUCCAGAGGCGACAGAUGAGGACGAGGAAAAAAAGUCAGCUUUCUCCGUCAAGACAUUGCCUACACAGCAGACAUUGGAUAUUGUUCGCAUGUCAUCAUGCUCCAAAGGUCACCUGACGAGUGUCAGCUUGGACAGGACUACUUCCAUCUGGCUCAAUGGACACACAGCCCACAUACCCGCCACACUACAGACAGCCAACAUGAAACCUAGAUUAUGGCCCAUUGUGGCAAGUGCCUUGGAUGAUAGCGGUUCGUUCCUCGCUAUGGCCACCGACACUGGACGGAUUGGGCUCUGGAGCGUCGCGGCCUCGCGCUUUCUGAUGUUUCCGAUCGUUAACUUUCGAGGGCAAGUGCCGGCGCUGUACUCUUUCGUCAACAUCACCCGCAACGAUCACGAGAGACCAUACAUUAUGAUUGUUAGUCCAGACGGCUACCUAACCGAACUUGAAGCGCGUACUGGUAUUCACCGCACAAAACGCAUCAGUGCAAGUGCCAUACUGUGCGCUCAGCUCUACGUUGACGCUAAAGGCGAAGCCAACCUCGUUUUUGUAUGCAAGCCAGGCAUAGUACACAUUCUGUCUUUGCAGGAUCCCAACAACGCCUUAUCCGAGGUUGUUGCUAGCCUUGAUCCAGGGCCGCCACCUGACAGCAAUCCUGCCAAAGUCAAAUGUAUACAUAGCGUGCCCAGUCUUGGGUUGAUCUUUGCACUUCGCGACGAAAGAGCAGAGAUCUUCGACUUCAGCAGCAAGGCACUCAUACAUGCCUUCGCGAUUGGACACGUUGAGCCACACUCGUUUCGAGUGAUGCACUCUGCGCGGCGUCAAUGCCCUUGCGGCGCGUCCGCUGUCCACACCUUGUCUGUCGCAUAUGCUGAACAAAACAAGGAGCAUAUGAUCCUGCAAAACUUGUCUCCCAAGGACACCUCGAUAUCACAAGUCUGCCUAGGGAAGCCACUGGACCGCACGAAACACGAGUGUCGGGGCCUCGACAGUGCAACCGAAGCUGUUUACUGCGUCGAGUCGGCCGGCGUCUGGGAGUCAACAGCCGCCUCCAGUAUAGUGGGUGUUCGAAGGCGAAUCCUGUCUACUCCAGCCUCGUCAAUAGCAUCGGACGACGAAGAUGACGCGCCGGUCCUUAUCGCGCCUACAUCUGCCGUGAGGCAGCGCGCCAGCAAACCAAACGACGCACUCGUCUCGUCUAGGUUCAUCAAUGGGUUGGCCAACGGGCGUCAAAACACACAUGCACCUAUCGAUCAUACUGAUCCAUGGGAAGCUUGGACAAUGACGUCAACUGGCGAGUUCCGUUCUCGGCCACUGCUACCUGACGACGACAAGAUGGAAGACGAAGUCGAUGAUCUGUUCGUAGUGGCACCUGGGCCCAUCGCGAGGUUAGGAAAGCGCAGUGUUGCAGUGGGCUUUGGCAAUACGGUGAAGGUCAUCACCCUGGGCAAGGAAGUUUAUAGUGGCGCAACCGUACCAAAUGGUAGCCUCGAUAUUGGCCUUGGGAGUUAUAGGGCACGGCCAAGACGAGGGAUGGAAAGGAAGGCUCUCUGAGCUUAUUUGUGACAUAUGACGGCGUUCAGGAUACCCCGCAGGGUCUAGGGACGUUUUCCAGCGCGGCGUUGCCUUUUGGUGGACGGCAACCAGAUUCAACAGUUCUCGAUAUCAGACAUGAUGCCAUUUUGUAGAGUACAUACACGGUUUCAACUUUAAUAGAUCUCUGC